GAAAUGGAAGCAAAAGAAAAUGUAAUAUUGACAGAGACGACGACGACGGACACACCACGCACAGCAGCCAAUGUUGACCCUGCAGAGGGCGUUGAAGCUUCUCUGUGGAGCAGCGCCGCACGCUGGCGCUCCUAUCUUUGCGAGCGCUCCGUCGUCUUUCGAGCUUUGCAAGAGGAACGGGAGCGGGGGUGGAGGUCGAGUGCGCUGGAUGCCUGGUAUGCGCGCCGGCAGGCACCCGCUGCGCAGUCUUCGUCGACCCAUGGGACCAUGAAAAGCACCGACGCUUCGACGACAGAGAGGAGGACUGCUACGGGCCCAGCUGGUGUUGAAGCCGUCACAUCCGCUUCCGCUGCCUCGACUUGCGCUGUCACAUCUCCCACAGCAGCCGCGGGUGGCACCACGUCCUUUGUUGACGCGGACGUUGUCGUCCUCGCGGAGCGUUACCGGCAGCACGCCCGUAGCGUCACCCAGCUCGCCGCGAGCUGCUUCUUUAGGCGGUCUCCGCGUUCAGCCGAACCUCCGCUUUUCCUUGACUUGGGGUGCGCGCCUGGCGGGGUAUCGAAGUACCUGCUGGAGGAUUUAAAGUGGCGUGGCGUGGGUGUCACCCUCGCAAGCGCCAGCGGCGGCAUUGAAGUCGAUCCUGCGCUGCUUGGAGAGGACCACCGCCGGCAUGACUACUUGUUAUUGGAUGGCGACGUCACACAGCCGCCCGCGAGCUGGCAUCGAUCUGCCGCCUACGCCCAACUGGCUUCUCACAACGCAACGGUGCAUGACCGCACACCUCAAGCGCCAGACACGGUCACCGCUGCGGCUGUGCUGUCAGUGGAUAUCUUCCAGACAGCGUCGCCAGCCUUGCCAAUGUUUCAUUUUGUGAACGGCGGCGCGGUGCUGGAUCACGGGCAGCGGCAACGAUGGGCCAAGGAGGUGGAAGAGUGUGUCUCGAGCCCCGCACCCAGCAUCGAUGCGGUAAACCCACCCAAUGUUUCUGCGUCUCUCCCGACCACCACUGUAGCAGCUCUGCCGGCGGCUGGCGUCUCUCCCCGCAACUUCUCUGUACCGGUGCUGCCGUGGUUUACUCUGCUUGUCCCGCAGCUCAAAGCAGCGCUCACGUACGUGGCGGAUGGCGGCGCGAUCAUGCUGGUGCACGGCGCCCCCCACUGCGCCAGCCUCUUCAUUUUAUUACGCUGCAUGGAGGAGAUCGUUGGCGCGGCCAACUCUGCCGCGUGCCAUCGCGGCUGUCAAACGAGGCUGCUGGAGACGAUGUACUUGGCGAAGCCACCCCUCUACGUUUUGUGGACGGAUGUAUGGUCACCGACCGCCGCCUCGACAGGAACACCUUUCGGGCCGACGAAAGAGUCGUCGAGAGAGGCGCAACGACGUCUGUUGGAGUCGUUGGACUCUGCGUCACCGCGCGUUUCGCCGUUUGAGCAGAACAACGCGCCGUCCGACGCUCAUACGGGGGCUCCACGAAGCACAUCGUGCACUCGCAAUACGCUCGAGGAGAAACAGCGCUUUUGGCUGGGUGAGUCCGACGAGGGGUUUCGGCUGGCGGUGGAGGGCUUCGCGCGGUACGGGGCGCUGGCGGAGGCGAUUUGGAGUCGCGUUGAGGCUUUUCUGCGCCGUCGCCGCGAGCGGGCAGAGCGAGAGAUGACGACCCGCACGACACAGCACUCGGGUCGCGAAGUGAAUGGGCGGCGCGGCCGAAGCACACUUGGCGCAGGGAAGCGCAUGCGGGGCGAUGCGUGA